AGAGGAGGGCUGGAGUGUUGUUUUGGGUUUGGUUCGCAGCAGACGGCAGAUUGCGGCUUUCGGCCAAAGCUGGCUGUUUAGAGGCGGCGGUUCGGAUGAAGAAAAGCUUCCUCCUGCUCCUGCAGUACCAAGGACUCAGGAGGCGGUCGAAGAGCAAACGGCGGAAAUGGCUAGCUUCAUCGUGCGGACGGCGACUGCCCGUGACUGCACCGACAUCCUCCGCCUGAUCAAGGAACUUGCAAGAUAUGAGGAGAUGGAACAUCGUGUGAAAUUAACUGAAAAAGACCUACUUGAAGAUGGCUUUGGAGAACAUCCGUAUUAUCACUGCCUUGUUGCGGAAGUGCCAGCAGAACAUGCAACUUGUGAAGGACAUAGUAUAGUAGGAUAUGUUAUGUACUACUACACAUAUGAUGCUUGGAUUGGAAAAAUACUAUAUCUGGAAGAUUUCUAUGUCAUGGAAAAAUUCAGAGGGAUUGGAAUUGGCUCGGAAAUAAUGAAGAAGAUCAGUCAGACUGCUGUUCAGGACCGCUGUGGCAGUAUGCACUUCGUUGUAGCGGAUUGGAACCAGAAAUCAAUAGACUUCUACAAGAAGCACGGUGCCGCAGAUCUGUCCAAAAAGGAGGGAUGGAGUCUGUUUGAAAUUCAAAAGAAGCACCUGAUUAAAAUUGCUAAUGAGGAAUAAAAUCUGGUCCAAAGCAUGGAUUUCAAAUUUAUUCUCAGAUUACAUAAAUCAGAAGCUUUCUUUUAUCUUUGUAGAUUUUAAGCCUCAAAUUUAAUUGCUAGGUAGAGACAGUUGAACAAAUUUUAGCAAUAUUAUCUUCUCAAUUAUUCAGAUAUUAGUCUGAUCUGAUGCAUUGUUAAUAGAUCCUGUAAUGAUAAUUGUCCAGUGGGUUAAUUCUGCUUAAACCAGCCAAAUGUUUUGCUGCCUACACUAUUAGGGAAUGGCCUACUACAAGUUUGGCCUCGUUUUAUUGUAUGUAUUGCUUUAUUUGGAUACAGCAUCAGUGUGGAGCAUUGCUGUCUAUUUCUGUGUGUACAUAAAUAAAAUUUAGCUUUAUUUGACC